AUGGUUGCCCUCAUUCGUUCCGUCGCAUUCACGGCCCUCAGCCUCUCUCCCAUCCCUUCCAUCUGCGCCUUGAACUUUGGCUUCCCGUAUGGUUCUGAAAACGUUCGCGGUGUUAACCUUGGCGGUUGGUUAGUUCUUGAGCCAUGGAUCACGCCCUCUCUUUUUGACAACACUGGCGAUUCACGCAUAAUAGAUGAAUGGACCUUUGGCCAAUAUCAAGACCCGACCAAGGCCUUGAAUACUCUUCGUAACCAUUGGGACACUUGGAUUACAGAGGCCGAUUUCGCAGCCAUAUCAGCAGCUGGUCUCAACCAUGUCCGGUUGCCGAUCGGAUAUUGGGCUUUUGAGGUCGCACCCGGUGAACCCUAUAUUCAAGGCCAAUUGCAAUAUUUGUACAAGGCAAUAAAUUGGGCGCAAAGCCACAGGCUGAAAGUCAUCGUUGAUCUUCAUGGUGUGCCAGGAAGUCAGAAUGGUUUUGAUAAUUCCGGUCAGAAGAUGAAUUAUCCCCUUUGGCACACUUCCCAGUCAAACAUCAAUCGUUCCAACAAGAUCAUUCAAACAAUUGCUUCCAUGUUCAAAGAUACAACGGAUGUAGUGCCUAUUAUAGCCCCUUUGAACGAGCCGGCUGGAUUCUUUGGUAACGAUGUGCUCACAGCCACGAAACAAUAUUGGUACGAUAGCUAUGCAAAUAUCCGCCAACCAUAUGGAAACGCGACGCAAAGCAACACGGUUGUAAUGAUUCAUGACGCCUUUCAGUCACAGGAUUACUGGAAAGGUUUUAUGAACCCACCAAACUGGCAGGGCGUAAUCCUUGAUACUCACAUCUACCAAGUCUUUUCAACCCCAGAGAAUCAAAGAACAAAUUCGCAGCAUAUCCAAGUUGCAUGCAGUACCCAAUCAACGUUGUCAACAUCACCAGCUGGUCUCUGGGUUGUGGUGGGCGAGUGGACCCCCGCAGCAACUGAUUGUGCCAAAUAUCUCAACGGCCGCGGAGUAGGCGCUCGGUACGAUGGGACGUUUCCCGGUUCUACCGCCGUCGGUACCUGUGCGGGUAUGACUGGCAAGGCGUGGACCUUCAGCCAAAGUUUCAAAAUGUUCCUCAGACAGUUUUGGGAAGCACAAGUUCAAUCGUACGAGAAGGCUCAAGGGUGGAUUCAGUGGACAUGGAAAACAGAAAUAGCAGACGAGUGGUCGUACCAGGCAGGCCUGGCCAACGGAUGGAUUCCUCAGGACCCCACGAAUUUCAUAUAUCCUAAGAUCUGUAAUUAA